GCACAUACUUCUCGCGAGAUUUAGCGGCAUUAAGACAAGUCAGUAUUCAAAUCCUCGUAACACUGUCCAAAUUGACGACAACAAAAUUGACAACUCUUUAAUUAUUUGAAUUAUAAACCUUAGAUUUGGACAUGGAAGGUUUAAUUAUAACACGACUUUUGUAAUGUAAUAAAAAGUACCUUUUUUAUUCCUCUAAUAGAUAGCAGAGAGGCUAGCUGUUUGCUAGCAUGCGGCAACUGCAGAGUGAAUGCUAAAGGUACAACGUGGAUAAGAAUUAGUGUUUUAAAAAGAUAAAAGCCACAUUUUUAUAAAGAUGAAGUGUCACUAUGAUAUUUUGGGUGUUAAACGAGACGCAGGAGACGACGAUCUGAAGAAAGCGUAUCGAAAAUUAGCCUUAAAAUGGCAUCCAGAUAAAAACUUGGACAACGCAGAAGAAGCAGCGGAACAGUUUAAGCUGAUUCAGGCCGCUUAUGACGUUCUGAGUGAUCCUCAGGAGAGGGCUUGGUAUGACAAUCACAGGGACGCUCUGCUGAAGGGAGGACUGAGUGGGGAUUAUGAGGACGACAGCAUUGACCUGUUGCAGUACUUUACUGUCACCUGCUACUCUGGAUACGGAGAUGAUGAAAAGGGCUUCUACACCGUCUACAGGAAUCUUUUUGAGUCCAUUGUUAAGAAAGAGCUGGAGCACCGUAGGAUGGAAAACGAGGAAGAGGAAGAGGAGUUUCCUUCGUUUGGAGACUCUCAGAGUGAUUAUGAUACAGUGGUCCACGAGUUUUACGCCCACUGGCAGAGCUUCUGCACUCGUAAGAACUUUGCUUGGAAAGAGGAAUAUGACACGAGGCAGGCGACCAACCGAUGGGAGAAAAGGGCCAUGGAGAAGGAGAACAAGAAGACCAGAGACAAGGCCAGGAAGGAGCGAAAUGACCUGGUGCGGCAGCUGGCUGCCUUCGUCCGCAAGCGGGACCGCCGAGUGCAGGCCCACAGGAAGCUGCUGGAAGAGCAGAACGCCGAGAAGAUCAAGAAGGUGGAGGAGCUGAGGCGGCAGCAGAAGCUCAAACAGGCCAAACUGGCUGAGGAGUACAAGGAGCAGAGCUGGGCGGCCAUGUCUGAACUGGAGAAGGAGCUCCAGCAGAUCGAAGCGGAGUACGGGGAGGAGUUUGGAGAUGUGUCUGAAAGUGAGGAAGAUGAGGUGGACAUGCAGGAGAACAUUGGAGAUGGCGGAGGAAGAGACACAGAGCAGCUAAACGGCAGCGACCUGCUGCUGGACGAUUACGAUGAUCUGUACUGCCCGGCCUGUGAUAAAUCCUUCAAAUCGGAUAAAGCAAUGAAGAACCAUGAAAAGUCCAAAAAGCACAGAGAGAUUGUGGUGCUGCUGCGGCAACAGCUGGAGGAAGAGGAGGACUCGCUGGCUUUGAACGGCGACGGGAGCAAGGACGCAGGAAACGAGAACGAGCUGGAAGAGGGGGAGGAAGAAAAGCAGAGACAAAGGCUUUCAAAAAAACAAAAGAGGAAAAAGAAGCAGCAGAAAGUAGCGGAGAAAAACCCUCUGGAGGAGGAGGACGGAGAGAAGGAGGAGGAGGAGGAGGAAGAGAAAUCUACCUCCUGCAAGGAAGAUGCCGCUGAGAAAUGGGCUGACGCUGCAGAGCCAGAGACACCGGAUAACCUCUCUCCCACCGAGGUCAAGGGCAGCUCUGGUAAAACAAAGGGAAAAAAGGGCGGCGGUAAAGAGAAAACGAGGAAUGCAAAGUCCCAAAAUGCUGAUGAGGUUUCUGAGAAAGAAGUAAACCUCCGCUGUGUCACCUGCAACUAUGAGUUUGCCACUAGAAACAAGCUGUUCGAUCACCUGAAGUCGAGCGGCCAUGCCACCGCACUGUCCUCAAAUGUUCUACAGAGCUCCGCCAGCAAGAGCAAGAAAGACAAGAAGAAGAACAGAUAACGCAAUAAUAAAAAUACACUGAGGUGUUCGGAAACACCAAACCUAAAGACUGAGCACAUGUACCUUUUUAAAAGGUUAGAAUAAUAACCAAUUUUACCACGGUCGAUGUAAAAGAGUUUGACUAUUUAAAAAAAAAAAAAUGUUUUUUUUAUUGUAAAUGAUCAAUGUCUCCACCGAGUUCUGCUGAUCAGAAAGCUCGAGGUUGUGCUGCAUCUGUGCAGGUAUUGAAAGAUGAGAUAAGAUAGGUAGAUAUAAUAGAUAAAUGGUAUUUUAUUUUUCAUUCCCAAAAGAAAUUUAAAAAUUGCCCAGAUGCUUUUGUCAGCAACACUUUCACAAUUAAAACACAAUAAACCAUAAAA